AUGCGGUUACUGUGCCGCCGAAUCCCCGAGCCUUGCCGCCCCGGCCACCACCACCGCACCUUAGUCGAUUUCGCCGCAAUUAAGCACGUCCGCGACCGGGGUUUCGAUCAUGCCGUGGAGAGGGAAAUGCUUCUGAAGCCUCUAUUGCAGCUCAAGAACUUCAUAAAAUCGGAGCCGGCCAAGUCUCUGCCGCUUCCGGUCAUCUCCCAACACAAGGAUUCCCUCCAGAUACCUACUCGCCCCAUCGAAUUCAUCCGGAAAUACCCUUCGGUCUUCGAGGAAUUCCACCCCGGCGGCAUAGGGAUUCACCCCCACAUCAAGCUCACCCAACAGGUACUCGAUCUCGACGCUGAGGAGCAAUUAGUUUACCAGAGCGAAAGUUACAAGCAGGAUGUUGCCGAUAGACUUGUCAAGCUGGUCAUGCUUGCGCGAAUUGAUAAAAUUCCGUUAAACGUUCUUGAUUGCAUAAAAUGGGAUCUGGGUUUGCCUGAUGAUUAUGCGAAAAGCAUAGUUCCUGAGUUUCCUGAUUACUUCAGGGUUCUGGGGCCAGAGGUGGCAUUGGAGCUGGUAUGCUGGAGUGAUGAAUUGUCUGUUUCAGUGAUGGAGAAGAAGGCCAAAAGUGGAGGUAAGGUUUACGAAAAGGGGAAGCCUCUUUCGUUCCAGAUGCAGUUUUCGACAGGUUUUGAGAUGGACGAGAAGGUGAAGAAGUGGUUUGAUGAGUGGCAAAAGUUGCCUUAUAUCUCUCCAUAUGAAAAUGCAACACACCUCGGCUCUACUACUGAUGAGGCAGAUAAAUGGGCGGCUGGACUUUUGCAUGAGCUUCUGAAUCUGUUUGUUUCAAAGAAGGCUGACAAGGAGGGUUUGCUAUACGUGGGAGAGUGGUUGGGCAUUCGAUCAUUGUUCAAGAGAGCAUUGCUUAACCACCCUGGGAUAUUUUAUGUUUCUGGUAAGAUGGGAACAUAUACAGUAGUUCUAAAGGAGGGGUACAAAAGAGGAUGGUUAGCUGAGAAGAAUGAAAUUGUUGAUAUUAGAAGUCGAUACAUGCAUCUUAUGCACUUGGUGCCUGAGGAUCGUAAAGCAACUACCAAUGCCCCUGCUGGAAGCAAGAAAGAGGAGAAGAAGACAUCUAAGCAACCGGGAGAGAACAAUAAAAAUCAUGAAAAGGAUGCUUCAGCAAAUUCUAAAGCAUCUGAGCUUGAUGAUAGUGUUGAUGAGGAUGCAUAUGACGAUGAAGAUGAAGAAGAUAAUGAUGAAGUAGAGGAUAAGAAACAUGGCAGUGGUCAUGGAAAUGCUGUAAUAAAAAAGGGGAGAGCAGGUAAUGUAAGGAAUAUGGAUGUGAGGGGGCCUUCAAGGGGUCCAAGAAGAGAAAGGUCAGUUGAUAGACCUUAUAGGAAGAAUGUGGAUGUAAGAGCAGAAGAUUUCAGAAGAACAGAUACGCACAGCAAUUUGGACACAAGUGGCCCAAGAAGGGAAAGGCCAGUUGAUAGACCUUAUAGGAAGAGUAUGGAUACGAGAACAGAAGAUUCCAGAAGAACUGAAACACGAAGGAAUUGGGACGUCAGGGGGCGUUCAAGGGAUUCAAGAAGAGAACACUCAGAUGAGAAACCUUAUAGGAAGAGUGAAAAUAAAGUUAGGUCAGAUGAUUCCCAAGCAACUGACCCACGUUCAUGGAGUAAUUUCAGGGGAAACACAGGGGAAAAGGGCAGAUUUCCCCAAGAAGAUGAACCUGUAACUGAUAAGAGUAUUGCUAGUUAG